AGGACUGCAGGAUGGCCAACCCCGCGUGCGUCAAUAAACAUCCAGCUCGUGAGCAGUGAGCUGCGGAGCGCGAGCGCAGUCUCCAACUUGAGGCUCUGCCCGUGGUGCUGAAUCCCCGGGAACCGACGAGCCCGCGAGCGUCAUCUUUUCCCACGACCUCUUCGUACCUGAGCUCUCGUGUGAACCCGGGGAUGAUGGGAAGUCACCCGUUUCAGCCAGUCUGCGCGAGGACACGGUCGGAGGACUUGUGGAUUUAAAGCCCUGAAUUGAAGCAUCAGUCUCGGCAAGAUGUUUCUGAAGACAUCAUUUGUUACGUACUUUCACUGGUUCAGCCAGUAAGCGUUCAUUCAUUCAUUCAUUCAUUCACCCGUUCAUUCAUGAGAGGAGAUCCAACAUGUUGUAAAAAAAAAACAACAAAAAAUGAACUGCUGUGAUUUAGUUGCCCUUCAAGCGUUAUAGGAUAUCUGCGUUUUAAUCCGAGAAGAGCAACGCUACCCACCGAGACAUGGCUCGUCUGCUUGUUCUGGUCAACUCCGUGGUCCUGUUGCUUUUUGGCAGCGACAUGUUCUUGGUAGGAGCAAACCGGCCACCAGCUCCUGUCAAUGUGUCCGUCAUGCACCUGCGGGCUGACUCGGCAACUGUAUCCUGGGAGGUUCCAGAGGGAGACAUAAUAAUUGGCUUUUCUAUCUCUCAACAGAGGCAGGAAGGACACACGCAGAGAUUCAUUCGGGAAGUCAACACCACCAGCCGUUCUUGUGUUCUUUGGGAUCUGGAGGAGGAGACUGACUACAUCAUCCAGGUCCAGUCGAUUGGCCUCUAUGGGGAAAGCCAAGCCAGCAAGAAGAUCCAUUUUCGCACCCUCAAGAAGUCAGACCGCUUCCCCUCCAACAGCUCCAAUCAAGAUGAUCCCACUGUGCAAGGCCUGGACAAGUCCCGGCAUCUACAAACAGGAGAGAUGAUCAUUAUCGUGGUGGUCUUGGUCAUGUGGGCAGCCGUUAUUGCCCUGUUCUGCCGGCAGUAUGACAUCAUCAAGGACAACGACUCCAGCAACAAUAAGGAGAAGGCCAAGCCAUCGUCCGAGAGGAGCACGCCGGAGCACCACAGCGGAGGGCUGCUGAGGAGCAAGUUUCAUCCCUCCGUGCCGUCUAUCAACAUCAUUGAAGUUUGAGAAGAAGAAGGAGGCCUGAGUUAAAAUACUCUUUCUCCUCCACCAUCAAUGCAUUUUCGACCUUGCUCACUGAUGAGGAUAAAAAGCUUAAAAAACUAGUCUAGUUUCUGUGGGUCAUCAUCAGCGAAUAAGGUUGGCCAUGGCUGUCUUGCAAAAGACACACAUGCAUGCAGACAGUAUUCGUAGGAAAACACUAAAACUACAAAUACACAGUCCUUACCACACACACAGACA